UGGCCGCGGGCUCGGCGGCGCGGCCGGUCCGUCCGCUCGGCGCGCGGCCCCGCCCCCCCGCGGUCACACCACCCGCCCGGCCGGCGCUGCGUCAGCCCGGCAAGAUGGAGACCGCUGAGGAAGAUAUAUGCAGAGUCUGUCGGUCGGAAGGAACUCCCGAGAAACCCCUCUAUCAUCCGUGUGUGUGUACUGGCAGUAUUAAAUUUAUUCAUCAGGAAUGCUUAGUUCAGUGGCUUAAACACAGCAGAAAAGAAUACUGUGAAUUAUGUAAGCACAGAUUUGCUUUCACACCAAUUUAUUCCCCAGAUAUGCCUUCACGGCUUCCAAUCCAAGACAUCUUUGCUGGACUGGUUACAAGUAUUGGCACAGCAAUACGAUACUGGUUUCAUUAUACACUUGUGGCCUUUGCAUGGUUGGGAGUAGUACCUCUUACUGCAUGUCGUAUCUACAAGUGCUUGUUUACUGGCUCUGUGAGCUCACUACUGACACUGCCAUUAGAUAUUCUGUCCACGGAGAACUUACUGGCUGACUGUUUGCAGGGCUGUUUUGUGGUGACAUGCACUCUGUGUGCAUUUAUCAGCCUUGUGUGGUUACGUGAACAGAUUGUCCAUGGAGGAGCACCACAGUGGUUGGAACAAAAUCAGCAACAGCCACUCAAUGGUGUUGGUCAACAAAAUGAGGCUCAGGCUGCUGUAAAUGGAGGUGUUGAAAAUGCUGUGCUUGAUCAACCUGCUAACCCAGCUGCUGAGAAUGUAGUUGUAGGUGAGAACCCUGAAAUUCAAGAGGAACAAGUAGAUGAAGAGGAGGAAGAUAAUGAAGAUGAAGAGGAUGCUGUAGUAGAAGAUGCAGCAGAUGCAAACAAUGGAGCACAAGAACAUAACAUGGAGUGGUUACAUCUUGUUUUGAGUGAUCUUACAGCUGUAAAAAUGGCCAUUGUCUCCUCAGAUGACAUGAACUGGAAUGCUUUGGAAUGGGAUCGAGCAGCAGAAGAGCUUACUUGGGAGCGAAUGCUUGGACUUGAUGGAUCCCUGGUUUUCUUAGAACAUGUCUUUUGGGUGGUGUCUUUAAAUACUCUGUUCAUACUUGUCUUUGCAUUUUGUCCAUACCACAUUGGUCACUUCUCCAUUGUUGGCCUGGGCUUUGAGGAAUAUGUCCAAGCAUCUCACUUUGAAGGCCUGAUUACAACUAUAGUGGGAUAUGUUCUUCUAGCAGUGACUCUAAUUGUUUGUCAUGGUUUGGCAGCUCUUGUUAAGUUUCAGCGAUCACGUCGUUUACUAGGAGUUUGCUAUAUUGUUGUCAAGGUUUCCUUGUUAGUGGUGGUUGAAAUUGGUGUGUUUCCUCUCAUCUGUGGCUGGUGGUUGGAUAUAUGCUCCUUGGAGAUGUUUGAUGCCACUCUGAAAGACAGAGAAUUGAGCUUUCAGUCUGCCCCAGGCACCACAAUGUUUCUGCAUUGGUUGGUUGGAAUGGUUUAUGUCUUCUAUUUUGCAUCCUUCAUCCUUUUGCUAAGAGAGGUAUUGAGACCUGGUGUCUUAUGGUUUCUCAGGAAUUUGAAUGAUCCAGAUUUCAAUCCUGUGCAGGAAAUGAUUCAUUUGCCCAUUUAUAGACAUCUCAGGAGGUUUAUCUUAUCAGUGAUUGUCUUUGGAUCAAUUGUACUGCUCAUGCUCUGGCUUCCUAUACGCAUUAUUAAGUAUCUCCUGCCUAACUUUCUUCCAUAUAAUGUUAUGCUCUACAGUGAUGCUCCAGUAAGUGAACUUUCCCUAGAGCUGCUUUUGCUUCAGGUGGUGCUUCCAGCUUUGCUAGAGCAAGGACAUACAAGACAGUGGUUGAAAGGUCUUGUACGAGCAUGGACUGUUACUGCUGGAUACUUGCUGGAUCUUCAUUCUUACCUACUUGGUGAUCAGGAAGAGAACGAAAACAAUGCAAAUCAGCAACCUAACAACCAGCAUGCUCGCAAUAAUAAUGCCAUUCCAGUUGUGGGAGAAGGUCUCCAUGCGGCCCAUCAAGCCAUACUUCAACAGGGAGGACCUGUGGGUUUCCAGCCUUAUCGUAGGCCUUUAAAAUUCCCACUCAGGAUAUUUCUUUUGAUUGUUUUCAUGUGCAUAACAUUACUGAUUGCUAGUCUUAUCUGCCUUACCUUACCAGUGCUUGUGUUUUCAGUGUUCGCUGGCCGGUGGUUGAUGUCGUUUUGGACGGGGACUGCCAAAAUCCAUGAGCUGUACACAGCUGCCUGUGGUCUUUAUGUCUGUUGGCUGACUAUCCGAGCUGUGACAGUGCUGGUUGCCUGGAUGCCACAGGGUCGUAGAGUCAUUUUCCAGAAGGUCAAAGAAUGGUCUCUCAUGAUAAUGAAGACAUUGAUAGUGGCUAUACUGCUCGCUGGUGUGGUUCCACUUUUGCUUGGUCUUUUGUUUGAACUGGUCAUCGUCGCACCUUUGAGAGUUCCUUUGGAUCAAACACCUCUCUUCUACCCUUGGCAGGACUGGGCUCUUGGAGUUCUGCAUGCCAAAAUAAUUGCUGCCAUAACAUUGAUGGGUCCCCAGUGGUGGCUGAAAACUGUUAUUGAACAGGUAUAUGCAAAUGGGAUCCGUAACAUUGACUUACACUUCAUCAUCCGUAAGCUGGCAGCACCCGUAAUCUCGGUCCUCUUGCUUUCCCUGUGUGUGCCGUACAUCAUAGCUUCUGGUGUUGUACCUUUACUGGGAGUUACUGCUGAAAUGCAGAACCUCGUUCAGCGACGCAUUUAUCCUUUUCUGCUUAUGGUGGUGGUUUUGAUGGGAAUUCUGUCCUUCCAAGUCCGCCAGUUCAAGCGCCUUUAUGAACAUAUUAAAAAUGACAAGUACCUUGUUGGACAACGACUUGUGAAUUAUGAACGGAAGUCUGGUAAACCAGGCACACCAACAACUCCACCUCAGUCUUCACAAGAAUAGAUGGUCAUAUUAAACAUCUUGACCUUCCCUUUGCCUUUACAUGUCCUUUUUUCAUAGACUCUUCUCAUCUUUGGAUAUCUCUCCCAAUAAUACUCUCAGCAGUGUUUUGGCUUCUGUUGGUAGCAUCCAGAUAGCAGUUAAGGCUCUGUUUCUUAUCUGCAUUUUCUGAUGUUGUAAAUGCUGUCUGAGGUCUGUAUAUGUGUAUAUAGAAGUGUCCUGACACCCUAAAACCUUGGAUUAAAAAGAAUGUGCAUUGUACAUCUUUAAAAAGUAUAUUAAUUUAUUAAAUCUAGUUGUCACUUUA